AGGGUCGGCCAGCCAAGUAAAGCGGAUGGGUUGUGGAGGAAGUGCUUUGAGUUCGUCUUCAAAAAAAAUGUAAAAAACAUUCUUAACCUCACUCUAUACUCAUUCAGAGACACACCAGAAACUCCUUCAUCCAUCCACCAUGUAUUUCACUCCGGAGGACGAGAGAGAGAUCAGAAUAGCUGUGAUGCACAAGCGAGCUCAAGGAAAGAACAAAGUUCUGACAAGCACGAACUGGAAAGAAAGAGUCUUCGUUUUAACUCCUAAAAAACUAACAUACCACGAAGGGACAGCUGAGAAACGAGGCCGAUUAAAAGGUGAAAUUGAGCUGUCUUCAGUAAAAGCCGUGGAAUGUGUACAAAAUGAAGCCUUUGAGCGCACCAAUUGUUUCCAGGUAGUUUAUAGUGAGUAUGUUUUGUACAUUAUGGCAAAAAAUGAAGAUCAGAGAAAUGACUGGAUGGAAUGCAUUCAGGAUGAAAUUAGAGAAAACAAAUUUUUGUUAAUGGAAUUUCACCCAGGUGCUUACCUGGCAAACAAGUGGUCUUGUUGCAGUGCUAAAGAAAAGUAUAAUAGAGGGUGUAGUGAUACAUUCAUCAGCAUAGAGAAGAAGGCAUAUUCUGCAAAAGAAAAUGUGGCCAAACACAGAUCAUUUAUUACCAACCAACCUCUACCACCAGUGCCUGGACAUUCACGAACGGGCRCAAAGAGGACACCAAAGCCAUUCGAAAAUGAAAACUGCUUAGAGGUGGUUAAGGCAAUUUACGACUUCAAGAGUACAGAACCCGGUGAUCUGUCACUAGCAAGUGGAGAGCUGUUUGCAGUACUGGACAAGUCUAGUGAUCAUUGGUGGUUAGCAAAGAAUACUAGAGGUCAACAAGGAUACAUUCCAAGUAACUAUGUUAGGAGGGAAGGUCUAGAUAGUGAAGUUUGGUUCCACCCUGAAAUGUCCAGACAACAGACUGAGGAUGCUCUCAGAACAGAGGGUAAAGAGGGCUGCUUCAUAGUGCGCAAGUCAAGUAGAGAAGGAAUGUAUACACUAUCUGUUCUUCAUGGUGAAAAUGUUCGUCACUACCACAUCAAGCUAGACGAUGAAAAGUUGUACUACAUAUCAGAUAGACACAGAUUUGACUCUGUACCAGAACUCAUUAAUUACCACCAGCACAACAGUGGUGGACUGGUGACUAGAUUAAGACAGCCACCUUCGUUUGGUGUCAAACCUUCUACAGCAGGCUUUGGUCAUGACAAGUGGGAGAUAGACAGAUCGGAAAUCACCCUCGGCAAAGAAAUUGGUGCCGGACAGUUUGGGUGUGUAAAGGAAGGCAUGUGGAGAGGUGAGAUACCUGUGGCAGUCAAAAUGAUGAAAGAUGGAGCCAUGUCCGAAGAUGACUUCAUUGCCGAAGCCAAAGUCAUGAAACAAUUCCAGCACUCUAAUCUCGUCCAAUUGUAUGGUGUUAGUAGUGAGAGUCCUAUCUAUAUCAUCACAGAGCUUAUGAAAGGCAGUUUACUCCACUAUUUGCGCAAAAACCAAUUCAAGCUCAAAACCGCAGAAAUGACAGACAUGGUUGAACAAGUGGCAUCGGCAAUGAAAUACUUGGAGAGCAAGAACUUUAUUCACCGGGAUUUGGCUGCUAGGAACUGUCUCAUCGGAGACAAUAGAACAGUUAAAGUAGGAGACUUUGGUUUAUCAAGAUAUGUUAUCGAUGAUGAGUACACAGCUUCAGAGGGAACCAAAUUCCCCAUCAAAUGGGCUUCACCUGAAGUCAUCUUGUACAGUAAAUUUAGCAGCAAGUCAGACGUAUGGGCAUUUGGAAUUCUCGCUUGGGAGGUUUAUAGUGGUGGCAAGACUCCAUACCCAGCUAUGAACAACUCUGAAGUUGUACAACAGAUGCUGAAUAACUAUCGGUUGGAGAGACCUGGGCGCUGUCCUGAACUAGCUUAUGAGAUAAUGAGAAACUGUUGGCUUGAGGAAAGCGACGACCGCCUAUCGUUCUACCAAAUACACAAAGGAUUUUUAGAGCUCGGUGGCGAAGACUAUGAUGAAACAACUGAAGAUUAGUCUGGUACUAUCCCCUGGGGGGGGGGGGGUGGGAGGUUGUUUUGUCCCACGCUUACCCCCUAAAUUCUCUGUUCUACUUAGUUUCUCUACUCUCAAUAUCAAAUUUCAAAUUCAAUUAAUGAAAUUAUGGAUCUAAAUAAUGUGUCCCAUUCAAAUCUGAUAUGUUAAUAGUGAUAACGCAAAAUAUAGGAUGGCUAUUUACACAAUUUACACAUAUAUACUUCAAAUUUAAAUUCGUUACAUUAAAUAAUUACAUUCGUAACAAGUUCCUUGAGAUCACUAGAUCAACUAGAUGAAACCAACUAGAUCACAACUUGCUCCCUAAAAAACAACGCAAACUAGAGAUUAUAAAUUUGCUCAUUAAUCAAGUCAAGUUGCAGCUAGCACUUGUUAAAUUUGCAUUAGAAUUGAAUGUUAUCAACAUGCUAUACUUGCUAUACUCUUUCUAGAUUUCAAAAUUUAUCAUAUCAACUGCUUUGCACAUUAUUCUUACCCUUUUGACUUUCAUACAAAGUUGACAAAAGUAAAAAUUUUAGAGAAAAUGAUGAAUAGUAUUAGCAAGUUUAAUAAUAUGUGCAGUAUAUUUUCUGGAAUUUAAAAAAAAAUUAAUGUUAAGAUACCUUGGGUUUUCUAGGGUUUUCUUACAUUAGUCAAGUGCCUCUAGAGCAACAGGCAUGUAUCUUCAAUGAAAACCUAUACRCACAAUAUACAAUACACUCUCUAUUUUAAAAAAGGUCGGUCAGAGUUUUGUUAUACGUAUGGCAUUUUGCUUACCAAGCUUGGAAUUUAUCCUACUCAUGUAAAUAUAAAUUUCAGCACAGAAGAAAAUAUGCUGGAAAUACGUGCAGACAAAGUUUGGGAAAAUUCCAUAUUGAUCACCCGUAGUGCAGUUCGAGCUUGGUUCUGCAACAUGCAACAUGAAACAAAAUCUUCACCAACCUUUUCUGAAAUAGCUGUAGAUCGAAGAAUAGAAAUAGUGUUUUAUUUCAUAUCCAAACACAAAGUAGCGUGUCAAAAAACGAGGCUUAACCAAGUGUUUUUAUCCACUUCUGAGGUGAUUGGAUAGAGGUAGAAACACUCUUUGUAUUUUUUGAUAAGGCUUCUCAAACCAUUAAUAUUUCUUGUGCAAAAUCGAAGCUAAAUUUGAAAAUGUUUAUGCUUAUUAAGAACACACAUUCAUUCUUCCAUCACAGUAGUGAUAAACUGUUUUAUCAACGUGAAAUAUUAAUGAGUUUCAGAAUUAAAGUCUAGCAUUUAACACACACUUUACAAAAUUUCACAAGAUCCAUUCUUAAUUUUCUAGUUAAAAUACUUAUGGCAUUCCACGCAUUUGGACAAAAAACGCUUUAAUGUUAGUAAAUAACAUAGAAUUAAAUAGUAAAAGUUAUAAAGAAAUUGUAAUAUAAAGUUAACUUUAACGUAGAAGAAAUAUAAGAAACACAUCAAAUUCCAAAACAACCCAUUGUAUGAAAAGCUCUACUGACUUUAGAUCAGUUGUAUUGAAAGCAGUUUUUCUAGGAAAUUUUUCAGAUAUAAUUUAGAAUGUUUUGAAAAUUGAUCAGUAGCAAAUAUUCUCGGAAGAAAAAUCCUGUGAAUAACAAUGGAUAGAAUUUUUUAAAAUAA